AUGGCCUACAGAUCUAGUCGUGGUGGUUUUGCCAACACAAGAGGAGGAAAUCGUGGGUCUUCUUACAAUUCAAAUUAUGGCAGUCCAAGAGGUAGUCGUGGUGGAAAUAACUACAACGACAGUUACAGAAGCCGAGGUAAUAGUUCAUUUCGUGGGUCUCGAGGGAGUAUCCGAGGAAACAGUGGAUCUUGGUCCAGUAAUUCACCAUCAACCGGUGGUUAUAGCAGCAUGAAUCGCAACACUGGAUCUAACUGGUCAUCUCAAGGAGAUUCAAAUUAUGAAUCGAGAAAUCGCUAUUCUGGUAAGAUUACAUCUAAAUUAUUUGCACAACUGUUAUUGUAA